UUCAGCAGCCGCCGCGGCAUCCUUUCAGCACGACGACGAGCCCCGCUGCAAGCCAGCCAGCAUGCACACGCGCGCGGCGCGGGGUCGAGUCGGCAAGGAGGCGGUUGCAGUCGAAGCGCGCGUCGCUUCUUGGUUACACACAAGCCACGACACUUCAAAGAAAUAAAAUCAAAUCGGGAAUGGCAGCCCUCAGCCCCAGAGAGGCGGACACAGCGCUUGGAGAGUAGCCGCUCUCGCCUUCUCUGAGCUGCACGGGGAGGCUUCGCCUUGCCGGCGGCCGGCUCUGCUUGGCGAGCCAGCCACCCCAAGGAGGCCCCACCCAAGGCCCGCUUGGGGAGUGGCCGUGUCAAGCGGCGCCUUCCCCUGCUCAGGCGAGCCAGGCAGCGCAGUCUACCCUCGCUAGGGCGACCAGCCGGUGAGGACGCGGCUGCAUAGAGGAGCUCCGAUGAGGCCGUGGUGCCUGCUGCCUCCUCAGGGCUUGCCGAGCGAGGGCGACGAGACCAGGUGGGGAGGGGCCAUAGCUCAGUGGAGGAACAUCUGCUUUGCAAACAGGAGGUUCCGUCCCUGACAUCUCCAGGUGGGGAGGGGCCAUAGCUCAGUGGAGGAACAUCUGCUUUGCAAACAGGAGGUUCCGUCCCUGACAUCUCCAGAUGCAGCGCAUUAUUCUGACGGCAACAUCUGCGCAAACAAGAUGAUGUGUUUUCUUACCUUGUGAAGAGAGUUUCACUGCAGCUCAAGCCCUUUAGGCUGAAUCAUACCAUUUAAUAGGGUACUGGCUGGAGUUGGAAAUAAAAUUCAGUCACACUGAUCUCCCUUGUAAGUAUGGCUGCCAUGUCCUCCGAGAACCAUCCCUUUCCUUAUCUUCAACAUGGCUCCAUCUUCAACCCUUCUGAAGCUAGUGGAGCUCUCCUGCUCAUCAUGCUGGGGAAAGUCUCACUCAAUAUAUUCCUAUUGCAAGUCAGAAGACAGAAGUUCCGUGAGACGUUUAUGGGCUAUUUCUGCAUUUCACUAGCUCUUCUCGACUUGGUGCUUCUGGUGACUAUGUCUUUCCUCUCCCAUUUCCAGAACUUGAUACUUUUGGGUGUUCGAUUUACCAAGUACCACACCUGUCUUUUGGCUCAGAUUGCAGCCUUCACCUAUGGGAUCUUACAUUACCCUGUUUUUGUUGUGGCUGGCCUGGAUUACUACUUCACAAUAACCCAAAGCUCCAAAUCUCCUAAUGUAUGUCGGAAAUCAAUAUACACAGCUGUUGUGGUCUUCACAUGGAUUUCAGCUUUCUUGUAUGUUCUGAGCCUUCCAGGAAACUCCAUAGGGCUUGACCACUCUAAUUCUGCAUAUCAGUGUCCUUUCUAUUUCAGCAGUCAGACUUACUGGCUCUCGCUAGGUAUGCUGCUGAUCAUAUGCCUCGUUCCUGUUUUCUGUUGGUCAGAAGUUGUGGCUAUGGUUCAGUCAAUUAAACUAACUUCCUUUGAGAAUGAGACUGUAUUGGUUUUCCCUUAUGUGCCCGAAUGCAGCCCCAGAGACUGUCCAAAGCAUCUCUUGACACGGCUUCUAAUCUGCUUUAUUGGCACUUGGGCACCAUUUGUUUUCCUUCAGAUGCUCAUUGUGUUACUUGGUGCUCAGAUUCCUGCCUUCAUAGAGAUGAACGUUCCCUGGCUUUAUUUUGUCAACAGCUUUCUGGUUGCAGUUGCGUAUUGGAUGAGGCGGCGACACAUUGAGCUGACAGAGGUGACUUGGGAUGCAGAUCCAUUCAUCUCUUGGAAAUUCUGCUUUGUCCCAUUCAAUUGUGAAUAUGCAGAUGAAGCUCAAAAGUCCAGCUCUGAAAUUGCUAACGAGUUGCUGUGAGAGAAGAAUGUUCAAUCAGCACAGUAUGUUGGGAUGGUGGUUUUGUUACGUUUGUGAGUUCAUAAGGGGAUAAUAUAUGAAUGUAGCUGAGAAGUGUAAAUUUGAGGAUGUGUGCGCGCGUGCGUGGAGCGUUAUGAGAUGAUGUGCUAUUUUCCAUGUUGGAGUUCCAGUACGGGUAAUUAUUUCAAAAUAAAGAAUUAAUUAAAACUUAAA